AUGGAGGAAACGUAUGAAUCGGUUAAGGAUCAGAAAGCUGUCGAGGGUAGAGUCGAAAAGAUUGAGAGUUUGUUGAGUCUUCUCUCUGGGGAGGAGGAGUAUUAUCCUUGGUUGAAUGUGCUUUUGAUUCGGCUCUAUGUUCAAGAAGACAUUCUGGAAUCUAUGGAGAGGAGAAUCGACGAAGCGUUCGAGCGUAACACGUGUGUUAAUAAGUCCAGUAUCAUGCGGGCAAUCACUGCAGCUUACUUCAGGUGUAAUGAAGUUGACAGUCUCGUUAAAUUUGUUAAGCGUGCUGAGUCUGCUGGGUGGAAGCUAUGCAGAUCUCUCUACCACUGUAAGAUAAUGAUGUAUGGGUCGCAAAAACGCUUUGAAGAGAUGGAAGGUGCUGUGAAUGAGAUGGGAGAGAGUAAUUAUGGGAUUGUGACUAAAACGUUUGCGAUUAUGUGUAAGGCUUAUAAAAGUCUUGGAAUGGAGUCAAAUGCUGAGAAAGUGAUGGGAAAGAUGCUGAAACAUGGGUAUCUAUGUGCUCCAAAAACAAGUUUAACUCAAGCGAGUUUAGAUGAACCUCAACUUGCGUAA